AAGUUUAGCUGCAGACCAUGGCACAUGUGUGAUUAGAUAAGUGGAUUAGUGGGCCUUUGAUUCAGUGGCAGGUCCUCUUUACUUCAAUCUUUGUUGAGGAGCCAUGUUGUAGUCUCUCACAUGGAAAAUUGGAUGUUGACCGGCUUACUUAGCUGGCUUUUGAUGGACUAGACUGUCAUCGUUUUGGCAUGUUGUAUGUUUCCAUUGUGUUCUUGUGUACUUAGGUUUAUCUAACUGCUGAUGAAACUACCCAAUUCAUGGACAUUUUCAUACCAAUAUUUAAAACUCAGGAUUGCUGUUCUAAUUUGUGAGGAUUAGCAUGUGGCCUUUUUCUUAUUUGUUUUGAAGCAAGAGGGAGAAAAUGCAUCAAGGACUGGUAAUUACGUGAUUGUUUUUAACUUUUCACAUACCAGUAAUUUACAGUUCAUGCCUGCAGCAAGAAUUCCCGUUCAUCAAUCAAAUUUGCAUUGUGUGUCUCUGUAACUCCAAAUGCACCUCUGAGAUGAACCAGGAACCAUUUCUCAGCAAUUUCUUGGACACAAGUUUUUGACGGGAAAAACUGUUUUCAUAUGAAGACAUUCUUGGUACACUAUGGAAUAUUCCUGUGAGAAUACAUAUGACACAAUCUCAGCUGUUCACAGGGAGGAUGAAGAACUUUACACCACGCCAUAUGGUGAGGUCCCAAUAGCUUCAGGCCGAGCCAGUGUCAUGCUGUAUGACGAUGCCGCAAAGAAAUGGGUGGCUAGCGGUACAUCACAAGGGCUAUCCAAAGUUCAGAUAUAUCGACACACAACCAACAACACAUUUAGAGUUGUGGGCAGGAAAUUACAGGACCAUGAGGUGGUUAUCAACUGUGCAAUUAUACGUGGAUUGAAAUACAACCAAGCCACACCUACAUUUCAUCAAUGGCGAGAUAACCGUCAAGUAUACGGUUUGAACUUUGCCAACAAGGAGGAUGCAGAAUCCUUUGCUGGGGCGAUGGCUACUGCUUUAGAAACUAUAAACAAUGUUGGGAGACCAGGUCCCCCAGUGAUGCCUCCCCCGGGGGUACCAGCACAGCCCCAGCAGAAUGGCCCAGAUACUGGGGACUAUCAAAGACACCAGCGACAUCCAUCUGGAGGUGCUCCCCCUCCACAGUACAGGGAACCACAACCAGUGGCCCCUACGCAACACCACACUCCUCCCCAGAUGCCACCUCAGCCACCUGGACCUCCUUCAGCUCCUGCAGCACCACCGGCACCAGCAGCACCACCGGCCCCUCCGGCUCCCCCAGCCCCACCACCCCCUUCUGCUCCAGGGGCACCCCCAGCCCCACCCCCACCUGGACCCCCCAAGGCUCCAAGUGGAGGUGGCGGUGGUGGAGGAUUAGCUGCCGCACUGCAGUCAGCUAAACUAAAGAAAACAGCUAAUGAGGAAAGUGGUGGAGGUAUACCAUCCAACAGUAGCAGUGCCAGCAGCAGUGGAGGAGGAGGAGGAGGGGGUGGGGGAGGAGGGGGUGACUUCAUGAGUGACCUCGCCAAAAAAUUAGCUAUGAGGAAGAAAGCUUCUCAGGGUGACACGCCCAGUAAUGAGGCGUCUAAUCCCCCGGAGGAUAGAAGUAAGCGAGGGGGAUCACACCCCCCACCCCCCGCCCCAACCCCAAACAAGAUCAUGAAUGGAAGCACAAGCUCACCAACACCAGCGAGAAAUCCUGCUAGUACCCUCCCCAGGAAUUUUGCCAGGACAUCCUCCACCACAGACACUUCAAAUCGAAUUUCAGGAGAAGUUCAAAAACGCCCUCCGAUAAAUAAAGUGUUUUCACGCCAGCCUUCACUAACAGGCCAGGAGACCACCUCAUCAUCAGCAGGGACCAGUAACGGGCCAAGUGACCUAGAAUCUCUCAAACAGGAAAUCCUCACGGAAAUGAGACAAGAAAUGAACAAGAUGAAGUCGGAGAUCAUUGCUGCCAUACAGCAGGCAAUGAAUGCAAGAUAGAACCGGGAUAUCACAAUUAACCAAGGGUGAAUGUGUUGCUGAAUGAACAGCGAGAAGCUGGAAUGGAUGUGAAAUCAGAAAGUGUAUCCCUCGGUGCUGUACUCUAACCAUUGAGUGGACUUGUUAACUGGUUCCCGGACCAGAAUAAACCACACUUGACUGGAGGCAUUGUUAACCAUGUGAUGUGUGUUCUGCUUUACGAUUGGCUGCUGGUAUUACAACAGAAUAUGUGGAACGCAACACAGACACUCUUUCUCUUUCAUGUUGUUUUAUACUAAAACCCCAAAUACUGGUGUCUAACCACAUAUCUUGUAUUGAACAAAGUCAAAAGGAGUUUCUCAAUCAAAUAUGUGGUACUUGCAUUGUAUAUAAGCCACUUGUGUACACAUUUAAUUCUUUUUUUCAAAAAAAAAGGAGCAAAAAUUUAAACUUGUGCAAUGACCUAUGAAUGUAGUGAAGUUUUUUUGUGUUUGUAUCCCAGGAUGUAAUGAUGGAUUUGAGAUAUUUGCCAGCUUGGCAAAACAAUUUUCUCAAUUUGUGUAGAUAUACAUGCAGCAUCAAUGAACAUAUAAACUCCAUGAAAUUCCAUGCUGUCUGUGAAUCAGUUAUUUUGUAGUCAUGAAAGAGGGAUAUCAAUUAAACGCAUGGAUGACUUACUGUAUGCUUGAAUCGUCCAUGUUCUACGAUCAUAUAUUUUUUAAUUGAUGUAAUAUAUUAUAUGUUAUUUAUACCCAAGUUGCUGCUUCAGAUAUCCGUUUUUACUGUAGUCUUCACAUCUGAUAACAAUUACACUGGACGUUGUACUAACACGGGUAUUCUUUUGGUAUUGACUACUCAAGAAAUACACAUAACUCCUUGAUCUGUGUCCUCGGAUACAAGUUCAAUAUAUAAUAUUCUUGUGAUCGUAAUUUUUCCUGAAACUACAGAUUUACAGAUGUAUUUAAGGCUAACAAGCUGGCUCUUCUUUAGCAACAGUGAGAGAAAAUUCUGUAUAGCAGAACUCAUGUUAAAAAUACCCUCUGAAGUCUUGAAUGUUUUCUGAGACAAUUCUUGCUGGCGUGGUACUGAUUUGAGUUAUAUCUGAAAUGUAAGAUUGAAUGGAUUAAUUAUGAAUGUAGGUUGCUUUAAGAAAGUAAAAUGAUGUUUGUGGUUCAGUCUUUGUAUUUUGACCCGUAUCUGGAGACUCGUGUGCAUGGAAGAUUAAAUGAAUUGUAAUUUCUGAUUAGUUGUGAGGGUCAACUGCUGUAAGCAAAUGGAGGAUGUUCGCGAUUUAGUCUUGUAACUUGUACGGGGACUGGAAAUGUUAUCUGUUAUAAAUGGGUAAUGUCGCACAUUAUGAUGUAGUCUUCUGUGGAAUUUUAUUAAUGUGGCCAGGAAUUUAAAAAAGAAAUUGUGAAGAAAACUGUUUCCAAAGGAACUGUAAUAUGUACAUGUACCAGAAAAUGCUGUUCAUUCAUUUUUUUUUUUUUUUUUUUUUUGCUCAAGUACCUAGUUUUAGCUUGAUUAUAUUGGAUCUCAAAAAUAUUAUCCGUAAUGUGCAAUGUAGAUGAAUAGUGCUCAAGUAGAUUUGGUAUAUACAUACGGGGCAUACCCAAGAGAAUGCAGACAUCCAUUGAUCUGCGAGAAUGGUAAACUAAGUGACAAUUUUAAUGGACGAAUUAUUCUACAACCUUAAUAACCAACAAAAAAAUGGCUAGUUUAUAGGGAUAUUUUGAUGUAGAAUCAAUUGAUAAUGAGAAUAUAGACCUACAAUUCCUUUCUUGCAAGCUUUUACAAGUUGAUGCUAUUGAUAAUUACUAUUUGAUAUGAAUAUUUUGCAUGCUUUCAUUCGUUGGGGUAAAUGAGUUAAACUUGCACUAUGUUGUUUUGUGAAUGAUUGCAAUUUUUUUUCCUUAUGUUUUCAUUUGUCACCAAACAAAACACCUUCACUACGGAAAAUUCUUAUUAACGUCAUGAUUCAUUCUGUAUCUAUUGGGACCAGUACUCAAGAGCUGUGUAUAUAUUUGUUAUUGAAAGUGUGAAUGAAGUUUUCAUGAAAACGCACACUUUUCCCUUUAAUUGUGUAAACCAAUGCUGUUCUGGAUCUACAGUGCUGUUUUUUUUUUUUAUUCUAUCAAUUGUUUCGAAAGACGGGGAAAUGGAUGUGUUAUAUUAAAAAAAAAAAGCAUGGUUCAACAUCAUGGGGAAAACACUUGAGCGAGUUCAACAGUUCACUACUUAAAAUGAAUGCAUGGUUGUUUCUUCAGGUUUUGAGGAAAGUGGAAUUUCAUAUUUUGUUAAGGGAUUGUGGUUUAUUUAUUUUUUUAAAGAAUCACUGGCCCGGUUUCUAUACAGCAUUAACAUUCUUGGAUAACAUUAUACCUCUAAAAAAAAAAUCCAGGUUCUUCCGAGUAAAGAAAUGUUAGCUUGAUAUUUAUUGAUAUAUGUUCUGUGAUCUGCAAGUUCUUGUGAACUAUUUUUUUCUGCUCAGAUGAAGUGCUUAAUUACAUGUACAAGAUGAAAUUUCUUGCGUGUAAAAGUAUUAAGACAAAUUCCUUUAAGUAGACCACUAUGUACAUGUACCGUGACUUCAGAACUGACCUAUUAAAUGUUCAUGUUAGUGUUUGGUUCCAUUUUUAUUCUAUAACUAUUAUUUUUGAAUUGUUUAAUCAUAUAUUGUCCAUCUUCUCUGUAGUGGCGUAGUAUACACACCAAACGGAUGUUCAACUGUACACUAUGUAAAUCUGUGUUAUUUUUGUCUUGAUUGUAUGAUCAAAUUUAAAUAUCUUGCUUACAAUAAACUUGUAAAAUAAAA